AUGUUGACAGGAGAGCUUGAGGCCCGCAGGACUGCGGUGCCAUGGGAACUUGAGGCCAUCGAACACAGUGUUGUAGUGAACCUGGUUGAGACCAGCACGGCCCCCAGUGGGAUGGAACUGGUCAGCUCCUAUCAGACCAACAGAGUGGGGGACCCCAUGGACCCCCACUCUCAAGUGCAGAAGGGGGACGACUUUGUCAAAGCCAACGCUUGCAACAAACUGACAGUAAUCGCUGACCAGAUCAGGUACCUGCAGGAGCAGGCCAAAAAGGUUUUAGAAGAAGCAAAGAGAGACGCUGACCUCCACCAUGCUGCCUGUAAUAUUGUGAAAAAGCCAGGCAACAUGUACUACUUGUACCAGCGGCCGUCUGGACAGAAAUACUUCUCCAUCAUCUCCCCUAAGGUUGGUUCCAUGAAACGUGAACUUCGAGUUCUGUCACCUUCAUUCAUUUUUAUGCAUUAUCUAACACAGUGGUUCGCAAACUUUUUUCAGUGA